GAACAGACAAAUUGUGCACGUUCAGUCCUUUAAAGGUGAAAUUGAGAAUUGUCAGAAGUACAACUGCGUCCGGCAUUUCACCGAGAGUUGAGGACCGUUUUGCAGUAGCUUGUCGGUGUGGACGGACAUGGCGUCAUCGAGCCCGUGUGUCGUGAUCAGCGAUGAGGAGCAAGGUUAUGACCUGGACCUCUUUUGUAUACCAAAACACUAUGCGGCUGACUUAGAGCGGGUGUAUAUUCCUCACGGGCUCAUCAUGGACCGAACUGAACGUCUGGCCAGAGAUAUCAUGAAGGACAUGGGUGGACACCAUAUAGUGGCUCUAUGUGUGCUCAAAGGAGGCUACAAGUUUUUUGCUGACUUACUAGAUUACAUCAAAGCCCUUAAUCGCAACAGUGAUCGCUCCAUUCCCAUGACAGUGGACUUCAUCCGCCUCAAGAGUUACCAAAAUGACCAGUCCACAGGUGACAUCAAAGUGAUUGGUGGAGAUGAUCUGUCCACGCUAACAGGAAAGAACGUCUUGAUUGUGGAGGACAUCAUUGAUACUGGGAAAACGAUGAAGACGCUGCUAGAACUUCUAAAGCAAUAUAACCCAAAAAUGGUCAAAGUUGCAAGUUUGCUGGUGAAGAGGACACCGAGGAGCGUUGGAUACAGACCAGACUUUGUAGGAUUUGAAGUUCCUGACAAAUUCGUGGUUGGAUAUGCACUUGACUACAACGAGUACUUUAGAGAUUUAAACCACAUCUGUGUGAUCAGCGAAACAGGAAAGGAGAAGUACAAAGCAUGAGAAGCCAUGAACUUCCCCCUCUAGCUGUGUAUCAUUUGUUUUUAAUAGACGUCUUACAUUUUUACAUCCAUUUUAUAUAUAUAUAUUUUUUGUUUUGUUUUUCAGUAGUGCAGCUCACCGCAGGCACCCAACAAACAUCAUACAUCAACCACAAACACUUUGCAGAGUUUAGCCUCUGAGAACAGAGGUCUACAAGCUACUGCUCUUGGUGGAAAGAAGCGUUUAAACACCUAGUUGUGAUAGGGCCAGAAUCCCUUUAAUUUAUUAUAAUGAUCUGCACGAGAUGUUAUAGGUAGGUGUUUGUUUUAAAGAUUAAAGUGAAAAUUGAUUUUAGGUCAUCUUGCUUGCUAUUCAAUAGUGCACAUAGAAUUGGUUUGCUCAAAUGGCUAAAGUAGAACAUUCACCUUUCCAAAGACUCUUUGCAGUGCAUAACUGUAAUAGGAACAAUGUUAUUAAUGAUCUAGAUCUGUGGGUAAUGUGAUUACAUGCAAUAUGUUGAAUGCUUUUACAUGUAAAUGUACUUUUAGCGUCAGGACAACCUGAUCAUCCAAUCACAUUUCAAAUUUAAAGCCAAAUGUUUUUCAGGGUUCCUGCAGGUUUUAUGAAAGUAAAUUUAAGACUUUUUUAAAGAGUUUUACUUUGUCCAAGUAAAGAAAUUAUGAUUAAUUUUAAGAGAAUGCAAUAUGUAAAUGUUUAUUGUAAAUUUAAAGGGAGCACACAUUGAGAUGUAUUAGUUUGAAAAUGCAUAUCCUUUUAUUUAAUUAAAAUUAAUUUGACAUCAUGUUUGGUUUCAACCACUUGACUAGGCAAAUAUUUUUGUACCUCUGAUCACACUGCAAAUAAGUCAUGUUUUAUCAAUAUUUUUGUCUUGUUUUCCUGUGCAAAUGUCUACAAAUUAUUAAAUCAAGCCACAUUUACUUAA